ACCUACCCAACUUUGACAUUUUCAAAUAUUAUUAAAUAAUCUCAUAUAUUCUUGACAAAUGAAAAAUCGCAACUCAAUGCCAAUCAUUGAAAUCCAACUGUACACAGCAAAUAUUUUCACAUUGUUCAAGGUUUUUCAUGGAACAGAAAACCAAUCAGUGGUGCUUAAUUUCAGUGCUUGCUUUGUUUUGGCAUCACCACUUCUUGCUGUUUGCUUUUGCAUAAGGUAUUUUCUCUCCAGAAAGGGAACGAUGCCUGUGGCUCAGAUCUUUCUCUCUGCGUUCAUUUCGACGCUGUUCAACAAGUUAGCCUCUGGUGAGUUGUUGAACUUUGUACGCCGAGAGGGGAUUCAUUCUCAGAUUAACAACUGGACUGGAAUGCUGUUGAAAAUUCAAGCUGUGCUCAGUGACGCAGAGGAGAAGCAACUGAAGGAUAAAGCUGUGAAAUUGUGGCUGGACGAUCUCCAGGAUCUGGCUUAUGAUUUGGAUGACAUACUGGAUGAGUUUGAAACCGAAGCUCUACGACACAAGUUGACCACGGACACACAGACUCAAGCCAGCACCAGCAAGGUAAGAGCUUUGCUUCCCAGUUGCUGUACUGGUUUUAGUCCUCGUGCUGUUAUGGUUAAUUCUCAGAUGAGGUCCAAGAUAAACGAGAUAAGCUCCAGAUUCCAAUAUAUUACUAAACAAAAAGGCGAACUUGAUUUAGAAAAGGUUAGCAGAGAGAACUCUGUGAAAACUUGGCAAAGGCCGGACACUACAUCCUUAAUACAUGAACUUUGCUUUUAUGGUAGGGAUGAGGAUAAAGAAAAGAUAAUUGAGUUUCUCCUACGAGAUGAAUCCGGUGAUGAUAACAAAAUUGGCGUCAUUCCUAUUGUGGGCAUGGGUGGUGUUGGGAAGACCACCCUUGCUCGGAUGGUAUACAAUGAUGUGAAAGUGAAGAGCAAUUUUGUUCUGAAAGCAUGGGUCUAUGUCUCUGACAAGUUUGAUGUUAUGAGAAUGACAAAAACAAUUCUCGAGGCUGUCACCUCUGAGACUUGUGGUUUUAACGACUUGGAUCAAGUCCAAGUUCAACUAAAGCAGGCUUUGACUGGAAAGAAGUUUUUAAUUGUUUUAGAUGAUGUCUGGAGUAGGAAACCCAGUGAUUGGCAUCGUUUAAAGAGCCCUUUCAAUGACGGAGCCCAAGGAAGUAAACUCAUGGUAACAACGCGUAACAGAUAUGUUGCAUCAACGAUGGGAACUGUCAACUAUCAUCUCCUAAAGGAGCUGUCAGAUGAUGAUUGUUGGUCAGUGUUUGCGCAGUAUGCAUUCAAGAAUAGAAGUAUUAAUGGGAACCCAAAUUUGGUGUCAAUUCGUAGGGCAAUUGUGGAGAAAUGUAGAGGCUCGCCUUUGGCCGCCACUGCUCUAGGUUGCCUUUUACAAUGCAAAAGAGAUGAUGAAUGGGAUGAUGUAUUGAAUAGUAAAAUAUGUGAUUUAUCAGAUGAGGAAAGUGAAAUCCUCCCAGCUUUGAGGUUAAGCUACCAUUGUCUCCCUUCGCAUUUGAAGCGAUGCUUUGCAUAUUGCUCAAUACUGCCCAAAGGCUAUGAGUUUGAAGAGGAAGAGCUAGUCUUGUUGUGGAUGGCGGAAGGCUUCAUUGAGCAACCAGAACGAAAGAAGCAAAUGGAAGUUGUGGGAAGUAACUACUUUCAUGAAUUGUUGGCGAGGUCUUUUUUCCAACCGUCAAGUAGUGGUAACAACUCGCGGUUUGUGAUGCAUGACCUCACCAAUGAUUUGGCUCAAUUUGUUGCAAGAGAAAUUUGUUGUAGAUUGGAGGAUAAAUUGAAAGAUCAUGAGCAGUACAAAAAUCUCAAGAAGGCACGCCAUUCAUCUUUCGUACGUGGUCCUCAUGACGGCAUCAAAAAAUUUGGGACCUUCUGUGAAGCUAAGCAAUUACGCACCUUCCUACCAUUUAACUUAUCGCACUAUAUUACUGGUUCCAACUUGACAGAUAGUGCUCUUCGUGAUUUGUUGGCAAAGUUAAGACGCUUACGGGUGCUUAGUUUGAGUGGAUACAAGAUAGAAGAACUACCAAGUUUGAUUCGAGAUUUGAAACACCUGAGGUAUCUUAACCUUUCCUACACCGAAAUUAGAACUUUGCCUGAAUCACUGGGGAUUCUUUACAAUUUACAAACGUUGAUCCUAAGAGAAUGUCGAUAUUUGAAGAAGUUGCCUAAAGACAUGGGAAACCUGAUUAACCUACAUCAUCUUGAUAUUACUGGUACAGAGUCCUUGGAAGAAAUGCCAUUGGGAAUAUGCAAGUUGGCAAGUCUCCAAACAUUAUCAAAAUUUAUUGUUAGCAAAGACAACGGGUGUAGGAUAAAAGAGUUGGGGAACUUGAUUCAUCUUCGAGGGAAGCUUCAGAUAUCAGGGUUAGAGAAUGUGGUGGAUCCUCUGGAUGCAAGGGGGGCCAACUUAAAUGAAAAGUGUGAGUUACAUGUAUUAUCAAUGAAAUGGAGUGAUAGCUUGGAUGAUUCACUGAAUGAAACAGCUAAAAAAGUUCUUGACAUGCUACAACCUCACAAGAACUUGAAACAGCUCCAGCUCAUAAGCUAUCUUGGUUUGACAUUCCCCCCUUGGAUAAGAGAUCCCCAGUUCUCCAACAUGGAGCACAUAACGUUAGAAAAUUGUAAAAAUUGCACAUCCUUACCAAGUCUUGGACAACUACCGGCCCUGAAAUACCUUUGUAUUAACAGAAUGAGUGCAAUAAAACAUGUUGGUAGUGAGUUCUAUGGACAGGGAUGCUCAAAGCCUUUUCCAUUGCUGGAGACUCUAAUUUUUUGGGGCAUGCCAGAAUGGGAGCAUUGGUUCCCCUUGGGAGAUGGUGCAGAAUUUGAAGAACUCACUAACCUCCGUCAGCUUGAAAUAAAAAGUUGUCCUAAACUCUUGGGGAGGUUGCCCAACCAUCUUCAUUGUUUAAAAAAACUUGAGAUUAAGAGAUGCCCGCAGUUCAUUCUUGAACUACCAAGCCUUCCAAUGCUCUGCGAAUUAUGUAUUGAAUGUGCAAAGGUAGAGAUGAGCAGCACGCUAGUACUCCAGUCACUCACCUCCUUGUCCAUUUGGGGUGUUCAGCUUCCAAGUCUUCCAGCCCUCCUUGAGAAAAGAAACAUGCUUGAACUCAGCUCACUCACCCACUUGCAAAUUGGUUAUGUUUCAAUUCCUGAAUCCAUUUGGGAUCCAAAUACAACUGAUGAAGUCGUUCUGGCAAAUAUAAUAUCUAAGCAUCUGAGUUCUAUAACUUCAUUGCAAUUUAGACAGAUUCGAAAUAUGAUGUUCCUGCCCAAAUGGUUUACCCAAGGGUUGACGGGACUCGAAAGAUUGGAGAUUGAUGAAUGUGGAGAACUCGUGACUUUGUGGCAGAAUGAGGGGAGACUACAGAACUGUCUCCCUGCCCUCCGACGUCUUGUGAUUUGGAAUUGCCCUCAACUUGUUUCCUUUUUUGAAGAAGAAGAAGAAGAAGAAGAAGAAGAGGGGCAAGAACAGGUGCACCAGGGGCUGCCUUGCAUAAUGGGGCUUGAGUAUCUGGAAAUAUAUAAGUGUGAAACACUGGAGAAGCUACCACAGGGGCUGUACACUCUCACAUCUCUUGGAGAGCUGAAAAUCCAAAAUUGCACAGGUCUCAUCUCUUUUCUGGAGACGGGUUUGCCGCCCAUGUUGAGAAUACUCGAGGUUAGGAAUUGUGAUGCUUUACAGUCCUUAUUUGGGAGGAUGCACAAUAAUAAUAAUAGCAGCCUGGAAGUAUUGCGGGUUUUCGAUUGUAAAACACUCACAUGCUUAUCGUUCAAAGGUGGACUACCUUCCACACUCAAAACACUUGUUAUUUAUAAUUGCGGAAAGCUGGAGUCAAUACUAGCAGAGGGAAUGAAAAUUAAUUGUCCAUCUCUUGAAUCUAUAGAAUUGUGUAAUUGUUGGAACCUCAAAGCCUUACCGGAUGCCUUGCAUGAUAAUAAUCUCAAGAAUCUACGUGAAUUGGAGCUAACAAGGUGUUCUAUUCUAGAGUGCAUCCCUGAAGUAUGGUUUGCCACAACCAAUCUGAGAGCAUUGAGAAUCAGUCAAUGUGAAAAACUAGAGGCCCUGCCACACCGUUUGUACAACAACUACAGUUCUCUUGAACGGCUGUACCUAGGAGAUACCCCUGCAGCCGGAGAAAUCUUCUCCAGCAUUGUCAACGAAGAGAGUUCUCUUACCAACCUUACUUCACUUACCAUUACCAGUAUCAAGAUCAGUAAGCCCCCAUCAGAGUGGGGUUUGCACAGAUUCUCCUCUCUCAAAGGACUCCACAUUGGAGGCCCAAUUGGAGACAAAGAUAUGGUGUCCUUUCCAGAAGAUGGAAUGUUGCUGCCCACCUCUCUGGUCCAGCUGAUCAUCUCAAAUUUCCCAAAUCUGGAAAAACUAUCUUCCAAGGAGUUUCAAAGCCUCGCCUCUCUGGAAAUCCUUUCUGUCCAGAAUUGCUGUAAGCUCGCAUCCCUUCCAGAGGAAGGGCUACCUCCCUCACUUAUGAAACUGCAGAUCAAUGGAUGUCCGAUACUCCAACAGCAGUGUAAAAAGGGUGAAGGCCAAUAUUGGCCCCUCAUUGCUCACAUUCCCACAGUCAGUGUCAUGUAUCGCAGAAGCCGUUUUGACUUGGAGGAUAUAUAUUGAAAUUGAAUAAACUGUGAUGAAAUUCCCAUGGCAAUUGAAGUCAGCAACUUUCAGCAUUAUUUAUUCUGCUCAAAGGGCAUACAUUAAUGGCAGUCCAGUUUCAAGGUUCUUUAUGAAGUUCGUUCUCUUGUUUCCGCUCUUCUGUAGCUUAAUGAUUUUUGUUAAAUGAUUCCUGGAGAUGUGGUUCAUAUGGAAAGGAUGUAUCUGUAAGGAAAUCAUCAACAUCAGCUGAAUUUUCUUCAGGAGCAAGGACUCUGGAUUGUAAAUUUUGAACAUCAGUUUUGAGGUUACGGAUUUCAUUUUGGAGAUCUUGGAUUGUUGACACGAUCAAGGACAUCUUUAAAAUCGUAGGUGUCAUAUUUUAAUUCUUGAGUAGUAUUUGUAGUGGGAGCAUUUCUUUGUUUAGAAUUUGAAUAUUUGAAAUAAUUUUGAGUAUAUGGAGUUUGGAAUAUUGGAGGAGAGUUUUAUCAUCUCUAAAGAAAACGUGGUCAAUUGAAAUGGAAUGGGUUUCUUCAAGAAUUUUUUCAUAACAUAGUGGAGAAUGUUGUCCAGAAUGUGGAGGAUAACGCCAAUUGG